CAGCUCCACAUCCGGAAUUUGGGCUAAUUUCUUGGCGGUAAGAGUGGCGCGAAGGAAUCUAAUACCAUGGAUUCCCCUCGCACUUUCGGCUCCGUCCACCUCCGCUUCCCAAACCGCGCACGCCCAUACCUCUGAGUGCGAAGAGAGCUGAUAGGAGAUUGAUGUGCUUGUAUCCAGCCUCAUAGUACACUAUGUCUGCCGCGCAAGAGACCGAAGCUGCCGCCGCACCGAGAGCGGGACCCUCUCUCAAGGCAUGUGAUGGCUGCCGGCAACGAAAAGUACGCUGCAACAAAAGAUCACCUUGUUCGAACUGUGAGCGAGCAGGCCGCCAAUGUGUGACCUUACCACGUGUCGCUAGAGCCAAGCGCUGCCAAACCCCAGGACUCUCUAACUACGAUGUGAAGAUUAGUAGCAUUGACGAAAGACUGGAUCGAAUGAGUCAGGUUCUAGAAACUCUGGUUUCGGAAGAGACCAAGAGCCAGCGAGCGACGGCCUCUAUGGAAAGCGCCAGUCCCAUGAGCCUGCAUUCGUCUUCGAGUCAGAGACCUCUCUCCAACUAUCUUACCGGGCCGCAUGACCUGCCCCGGAGUGAUGAUACUUCCGACAAACAAAAGCGCAAGCAGGACAAGAAUAAUCCGGUCGAGGGCCCGUCGUCGUUUUCUGCGCACUCGACGCAUGCCAUUAAUUUCCUUAACAAGGUCGCUGAGGCUAAAUGUGACGACUGUGACAGCAACGAGAUAGAAGAGCUACUGGAUUCCAUGCGUGCCAUUGUUGACGCCGUCAAAGUUCGUCGACAGUCAACCCAAUCCCUUUUCCCACUUGCGAUUCCCAGCACAACCCAAUGCACACCAGCUGAACUCCCACCUAUCCAGGUGGCGGUAGCCGUGAUCCGAAAAGCCCAAGAGCAGGGUGAUCUGGUCCUCAACGUUCUGAAUGAGCUGCUACACAGUCGAAGUCUGUCAGACAUGUGCAUGACGGUUUAUUUUUCGCAAGAUUACUCAGAUGCAGAGUUCAUCAUCGUCAACCUUGCUAUAUACUUUUUGCUCUCCAACACCGAGUCAACGGUAACAGGAGACGAAGUGAGAGACCGAAAGCAUACAGAGAAUUACCUCUUGCUCCAGCGAAAUGCUGAAACAGCUCUAUCAAGACUGUCCCUAUACGUCGAAGCCUCCCACAACAUGACACUGGCUCUUGUCCUUGGAGCGAUCUAUGCAGUCGACAUCUCGAGGCCCUCCCUGGCUUGGACACUCAUUUGUGCAUCUUAUCAAAGUGCCUACUCGCUCGGCUAUCACACAUGGGCACGUGGGUCAGACCAGUCCUCUAACACACCAAACAAAUUCGGGCUGCUGUUUUGGGUCAUAUACUACUUGGAGAAGCAUUUCUGCAUACGACUUGGUCGUUGUUCCAUUAUAAUAGAUACCGAGAUCACAGUUCCUCUUCCAGGUUCUCCUGGCGCAGCAACCAAUCCCGGGAUGGACUACUGCCACCUCAUCGUUAGGACCGGAAGUCUGGCCAGUCGCAUCUACCAAGAGCUCUAUAGCACGCAGGCUACUGGUCUUCCAGACGACCUGCGCGCACAAAAAGCGUUGAACUUGUCGCAAGAAUUGUGCGGCAUACGGGAUGAGUCUCGAAGGGCCAUUCAGUCCUGGGCCCAGUAUCGCUCGGACCAUGAUCUGCCUGGUGUGGACAUGAUUAAGCACCUGGCCAACUUGGAUGAGGUAUUCUGGUGGUCCACGCUCACACUUAUAUAUCGAGCUGUUCCGCCCCAGCCCGACUUUACCGUCAAUUUUGCGGACGAAUGCAUCAUCGCUGCUCGAGCAGCUCUUGAGUCGCACCAGAAGAUCACUUCAUCCUUCGAACUAAAUAGAUUGAGACCCCUUUCAUCUUACAUCAACUGGUUGAUUCUUUCUUCUCCGUUCGUCCCUUUUAUCGUUAUAUUCUGUGAUGUCAUAGAACAUGAAAACACUAACGACCUCGACAUCAUGCAAGCUUUCAUAAGUUCUAUCGAGUCUGCCGCUCACUGCUCUGUCCCAAUUGCUAGACACCACAAACUCUUCCAAGUAUUCCACGAGGUGGCACGGCGCUUUCUGCAGCUGAAAGUGAGUCAAACACCGUCACAGCAAGGUCAUGAGGAGCUUAAAGCCCAGAUGAACCGCUGUCUUGGUGCGCUGGGGUUACACCAACCGCGCAGUGUGCAAAAUGGAUGGAGCGAUAGUUUGACGUCUCUGCCUCCUAUGGUGUCAACGCAAUCUGCCGUUCACAAUUUGGAGAUACCCGUCAGUAUGGAGCAACCUGUGCAGACGAUGAGUUGGUAUGCUUUCGGCCAGCAGAUGUUCGAGUCAUUUGGUAAUGACCAGCCGCCUUUCUCGGGCGGCUUGGACAUAUGAGCAGCCUGGGCAGUGGAUCGCUGGCCAGCGGACUCUACUCAGUGAGCUUUACACAAGUGAGAUCUGGCUCUCUUUGGAUUGGCUAGUCAUAAUAUCAAAAAGGUAUUCAACUAUUUGCGGGUCAGAUUGGUUCAAGUCUAGCUGGAUUAGAC